AUGGCAGGUGACGUGGUGACAGGAUCUAGUACGAGCACUUCCACCAUUCCUGCGGUGGAUGUUCGCGAGGAAUACGCUAAUGCUUUUCGUACCCAAUCAUAUGAUGAGUUUUGGACACGUGUCCUUGCUCUAACACAUAAAGAUGUUGUCACAUGUAAUCCGAUUGGGUCCACAACGUCGGCUCGACUCCCUUCUUAUCGACUCUUCAUGGAGCAUCUCUUGGAUCCGGAUCAAUCAACAAUUACUCGGAUCUUGAAUUUGACUACUAGUGACUUAGUGAUCAACCACUCUCUCCUCUCUGACUAUUUCUCAGAAACAGCUAAUGCUUCUCUUUUAUGUACUUUUUUAUUAAAAAAUAUCGACCAAACACGUGUCAAAUAUAGAGCUCUCAGGAAAUUUCUUGAAUCUCUUGAAAUUUCAUCGUUGCCUGUGGAUCAUCACCCGCCUGAAAUAUUAACUCGCUUGACCGAAUUAACCAAUUCAUUCAACCCAUUUGUCGCAUCUGCUUUGUCUUCAUGUCGAUUUCGGGUCGUGCAAGUUAAUUGCUCUGGAUUGCUCAAGCGGCUUGAGACGACUCGUGACCAUGCUCGAGCCAAGCUUCAGCUAGUCAAUAGAAUUAGACAUGGCUCGGCUAUCUUUCUCGUGAUGCUAACAGCAACGUUGGCUACAAUUAUGGUUUUUCAUGCUUUAGCAGCAAUGGUGGCUGCUCCGAGUCUCAUAGCAGCUUCAUUUGAUCCCACUCCGACAAAAAAGCUAACCAAAGCAUUAGCUCAGCUCGACGCAGCCGCCAAGGGAACUUACAUAUUGAACAGAGACUUGGACACAAUAAGUCGGCAUCUGGCUCGACUAAAUGAUGAGCUAGAGCACGUGCGAGAGAUGAUUGGCUUUUGGCUGGAGCGCGGGGAGGAUCGGCUCCAACCAUUUGGGGAAGUGGCGCGCCAGUUUAAAAAAAACGACUCAAGCUUUAGCCAACAGCUUGAUGAGUUGGAGGAGCACUUGUAUUUAUGUCUUAUGACCAUCAAUAGGGCAAGAAACCUUGUACUAAAUGAGAUUCAGGAUCCGGGUCAAGUAACCCGUGAUCCGAAUACUUAG